AGCCAAUGGAGAGAGAGGUAUUCCCUAUUCCGCCAAUGGAGGGCCAACAGAGGCGGGACUUUGUGUAACGCCCUAGUAACGGCCGCGUGGUAACCCUGGUGCUCUGCGCGCGGUACUGGCUCCCGGUUUUCUACGCGGGGUUGGGCUCCCUGUGUCUGUAAAAUGAAGAUAGAGGAAGUGAAGAGCACCACGAAGACGCAGCGGAUCGCCUCCCACAGCCAUGUGAAGGGGCUGGGGCUGGACGAAAGCGGCCUGGCUAAGCAGGCGGCCUCGGGGCUCGUGGGCCAGGAGAACGCGAGAGAGGCAUGCGGUGUCAUAGUAGAAUUAAUCAAAAGCAAGAAAAUGGCUGGAAGAGCCGUCCUGUUGGCAGGACCUCCCGGAACUGGCAAGACUGCUCUAGCUCUGGCCAUUGCUCAGGAGCUGGGGAGUAAGGUCCCUUUCUGCCCAAUGGUGGGCAGCGAGGUUUACUCGACGGAGAUCAAGAAGACCGAGGUGCUAAUGGAGAACUUCCGCAGAGCCAUCGGACUUCGGAUAAAAGAAACCAAGGAGGUUUAUGAAGGCGAAGUGACGGAGCUUACACCGUGUGAGACUGAGAACCCAAUGGGAGGGUAUGGCAAGACCAUCAGCCAUGUGAUCAUAGGACUCAAGACAGCCAAAGGCACCAAGCAACUGAAGCUGGACCCCAGCAUCUUUGAAAGUUUGCAGAAAGAGCGAGUGGAGGCUGGAGAUGUAAUAUACAUUGAAGCCAACAGUGGUGCUGUGAAGAGGCAAGGCAGGUGUGACACCUACGCCACAGAAUUUGACCUUGAGGCUGAAGAAUAUGUGCCCUUGCCAAAAGGGGAUGUGCACAAGAAGAAGGAAAUCAUCCAGGAUGUGACCUUGCACGACUUGGACGUGGCCAAUGCACGGCCCCAGGGUGGCCAGGACAUCCUGUCUAUGAUGGGACAGCUGAUGAAGCCAAAGAAGACAGAAAUCACAGACAAACUUCGAGGCGAAAUCAACAAGGUGGUGAACAAGUACAUCGACCAGGGCAUUGCUGAGCUAGUCCCUGGCGUGCUGUUUGUUGAUGAGGUCCACAUGCUGGACAUUGAGUGCUUCACCUACCUGCACCGAGCUCUGGAGUCAUCCAUUGCUCCCAUUGUCAUCUUUGCAUCCAACCGUGGUAACUGUGUCAUCAGAGGCACCGAGGAUAUCACCUCUCCACACGGCAUCCCUCUUGACCUCCUGGAUCGCGUGAUGAUCAUCCGGACCAUGCUGUACACGCCACAGGAGAUGAAACAGAUAAUUAAAAUCCGAGCCCAGACGGAGGGGAUCAACAUCAGUGAGGAGGCACUAAACCACCUGGGUGAGAUCAGCACCAAGACCACGCUGAGGUACUCGGUGCAACUGCUGACCCCCGCCAACCUGCUGGCCAAGAUCAAUGGGAAGGAUGGCAUCGAGAAGGAGCACGUGGAGGAGAUCAGCGAGCUCUUCUAUGAUGCAAAGUCCUCAGCCAAGAUCCUGGCGGACCAGCAGGACAAGUACAUGAAGUGACAUGGUCUGCAACACUGUCGUGUGCUGAAGGCUUAUUUUGUUAUCAUUAUUUCUCCUGUGGUUGCUUUGAGGAACUCUUUGUUGUUUGUGUUUGCUAAUAAAAUCUUACAGGUUAUUUUU